UAUUUUAAAUCUAUCACGCCUUCAGGUGCGUAACCUCAGAAGGCGUAGGCUGAAUGGUCGAUACCAGUAGCGUUUUCAUUCUUCCGAUGUUAGCGAUCAGCCUAACGGAGCCCCCCUCUGCAAAUCAUGGCCGUCCUCCCCCUCCUCCUCCGUAUCCGCCGCCGCCACCAGUGCCUCCACCACCAAAUUCGCACUUUUAUAAAUGCCAAAGUGAAAUGGGUACGCGACCCCUACCUCGACAAAGCCGUUGAGAAUGAGAAAAAUCUUAAACCCUUGCUCUCACUCAAAAAUCUAAUCAUGUCUCAACCCUCCGAAACCUUACCCCUCUCCUCCAUCUCCCCGCUAAAAACCCACCUCAAUCUCCCCACCACCGCCUCAAAAUUCGCCGAAAAUUACCCCUUAAUUUUCAAAAUAUUCAAUCCCCCGACCAAGAGGCCCAUGAUCGCGUCCCAUCCUCAUGUUAAGCUCACCUCUAAAGCCAUAUCUCUUCACAACGAUGAAACCCUAAUCUUGAACCUCUCGCAUUAUAAGAAAGAUGUUGCAGAAAGGCUUGCGAAGCUUUUGAUGCUGACAAGAGCUAAAAGACUCCCUUUUUAUGUGAUUGACAAGUUUCAGUUUGAUUUGGGAUUGCCCCAUGAUUAUAAAUUAAGCUUCUUGCCUGAUUUUCCUGAUUAUUUUAGUAUUUGUGAGAUGGGUUUUAAGGAUUUUAAUGGGUACGAGGCGUUUGGGUUGGAACUGGUGAGGUGGAGGGAGGAUUUGGCGGCGUCAUUGGUGGAAAAGUUGGCUAGAAAUGAGGGUAUAAUGGGAAGUAAGUUACAGUUUUCGAUGAAUUUUCCAAGGGGUUUUGAUUUGGAGAAGAGGGUGAAGGACUGGGUUGAGGAAUGGCAGAAUUUGCCCUACAUUUCGCCUUAUGAGGAUGCUUUUCAUUUGGCUCCAAAUAGUGAUCAGGCAGAGAAAUGGGCGGUAGGGGUGAUUCAUGAGUUGCUUUCUUUAAUGGUGUCAAAGAAGAUGGAGAGGGACAAUGUGUAUCUUCUGGGGGAUUAUUUAGUGUUCGGCUUAAGGUUUAAGAUGGCUUUAGUACGUUAUCCAGGGAUCUUUUAUGUGUCCAACAAGAUUAGUACACAAACUGUGGUUUUAAGGGAGGCAUAUAGGAAGAAUUUCUUGAUUGAAAAGCAUCCAUUGAUGAAAAUGAGGUACAAGUACAUCAAACUCAUGAAUACUGUGAUGAGAAGAGGUAGACCGAUGCCAGAUAGUGUUAUGCAGCGCAGGAAGCGAUCAGCCAAUGCUGCUAAAGGAGGCAAAAGAAAAGAAAAGGGAGAUGAAUGGACAGAACAAAUGUCAAAGAUUGCAUGACCCCCGUUGUCAACCACGUUACUGGAACAGGAAAGAUUGAAGACCAAAUGGCAGCAUUGGUGUUGCUGUGCAGAGUUGCAAGUCAAUGAUUGCUGAGAGCAACAUCAGUGAUUAGGACGAUGACAACAGUACUAAGGCACUAGCAGGCUCCUCCAGAACUGAGAACAUGUAAAAGGACGAAGCAGGCGUAUGGAGCUUCUGCAUCAGCUAAACAAGGCACAGAGUUCAUCAACUUUGAUUUGAUUUGCCAUCUACAGUCACUUAACUCUGAGAGAGAGAGAGAGAGAGAGAGAGAGAGAAACAAAGACUGAAGAGCAAAGAGUGGGAAGAAGCGUUCUUAUAAGUUGUGGGGGAAGCAAUAUCACCUUUUUAGUAAUGUGAUGGUUUUUAUGAGUAAUUCUUAUGUAAUGGUAGAAAAGAUAAAAAGUGGCAAGCCAUUGUAUUAGGUGCAGUAUAAGUCACUCAGACUUCCCAUGCUAGCAACACUUCAAUGAAGGGAACAUCUCCUGGAAGAAGACUUGGGAUAUGAGAAAAGUGAUUUUGGAGGAUAAGCAAUGAUCUACCGGGCAUUUCAUUUUCUCCGUCUUACUGUUUUGCGGAUGUUUAAUUUGUACUUUACUUUGAUCUUCAUGGUGUCAAAUAUGUUUCCUAUGUACAUGAUUAUUCAAUGUUUGUGACAUAGAUGUUAUAUACAUGUAGAAUGGAUCACUUACAACUGUUGUCUACUGAUAUUUGUGUUUGUGUCUCAGAGAGAGAGAGAGAGAGAGAUAAUAUACAUAUAUUGGGUUUCUUUGCACUAAAAAAAAAAAAAAAAAGGUUUCUUUGCAUUUGCAUGUAUGGAUGUGCGUUUAUGCGUCUACAUGCACAGAGAUGCACGAAGGCAGGAGGAAGGAGAAAAAGGUUUGAUUUCUUGCACUACCUGCAGUGGGCUUAUUGUGGUUUGGCUAUAUUGGAAUAUGGUAUAGGAGAAUGGCAAUUUCUUAAAAUUCAACACUUAUGCUGUAUAAAUGUGGUAGAGGGCCUUGGAGUCAUUUUAUGAUUUGUAUCCGGACAACAUAUUUUUUAUUACACUGCAAAGGAUCAUUUUAUAGCAAUACUUUUUGUUCGCAGCAGUAAUUUCUCAGGUAAAAGAGCCAAGUUACUGUUUCCUUGAGGCUUGAGGAGAGUUGAGAAUCAAUGAAAGAAGGUGGAACAUGGGUAUAUCCUACAUGAAGCAAUCUGAGAAUGGAGCAGUUCUUUAUAAACCAUAGGAUGCUGUUCAGAUUGAAGACCGAGGAACUUAAAUGAUGAGGUCUCUCCAAAUAUGUGUUCAAGCAACGGAAAAAAUUUAGACAAGAAGCGAUUUGUGGGUAUUAAAAUGGUCAGAUGCAUAUGCAAAAACAGUACGAUAGAGGCCAUUCACUUAGGAAGACAAAAGCAGUACAUUAGUAAUAUAUGAAAAGAAACCCUUCUACUGGUGACACUGUGUGGAUUCCUAGACUCUUUUAAUAAGUUUAGAAAGGAACGAUUCUAGCCUACUAAGGGCAACCAUUUCCCCAUUGGAUGCCUUGAUAUGUAGGCGUUCCCCUCUAUACUUUUCUAAGUACUUGCUCGAUUAGCAUGAGCAAUGGCCAAAAAGUAUUCAGCAGCUCUAGAAAUAUUUAACUUCUAAGAGCACCAUAUGUAAGGUUUUUUCUAAUUGUAACGUGCCUCGAUUUCCAUGACCUUUUCUAAAAAUUGAUGUGGAGCCCUUGAACUCUUAAAUUCUUAAUUUGAGUCCUUGAUCUGUGAAUGUUGAAUCA